AUAGGACAAUGUCAUUGAUCCUGCAAAAGAUUAGAUACUGGAAUCAAUCGUCUAUUCUCAACAAGUGUACUGUGGACGAUGGAGUAGCGCCAAACCAGGAAUCUCUACACAAACUUUCAUCUGUAACCUUUGAAGGACCCCUGGUCAGCAGACAUAUCGCUGUGUCUCUCUUUGAUAAGUUGGCAAAGAAAUCAUCAUCACUCUCCACAAAGAUAAUUCCAGUGGUAUGCUACCUGCUACGACAGGGCUCCAACUACUUCAAAAUGGAGGUUCAAUAUAAGAGGACACUGAUUGUGAAACUCAUGGAGUCCUCGCUUGCCUGCCAAGGCACUGUCGUCCACGAGCUUUACAAGGAGUUAGUCGAGUUGAUAGAGUAUGAAUACAAGAAGAGUUUACUUGGAGACGAGUACAGUUCAGAACUUGCAGUUCCCAAAUGUAUUUCACUGAACGAUAUACCGGUGCGAACAAAAGGCGAUAUCACACGAGAAGUACAGAUAGAAGCGAUAGUAUCUCCGGAGAAGAGGAUAGUUGAUCAGAUCACCACAGCCAGUUGUAUUGAGCCUCUACCUCCCAUGACAGAGAUAUGGAAGUUUGCUGCCCAAUACAAACAACUCAACCAACAUGCUAUCAACAUGGAGUUACAGCGAGUUUUACAAGGGAAGGAGCCAAUGUGCCAGCUCAGGGCGCUUUCGGUUGUUGAUUAUCUUUCUCAGCAUUAUCACAACAGUUGCCAAGCCACAUUUCUGCACGUCGUCAAAGAAAUCGCCGUCUGCGACAACAUGGAUUUGAAGAAGAAAGCUCAGAGGAUAUUGUCAAGAUUAUCCGAGGAUAAUGAAAUUACGCCCUGCCCGUCCCCUCCGCGAUCGCCCUACAUUGGAGGACAAACCCACUCAAACUCACAAAAUAACCUCGUAUCGUCCCAUAUGAAGCGCAGCUAUGAUAAAAUCCUACCGUCUACGGUGGGAUACCAAACUAUGACCAACAGUGAUCAUGUGGACGAGACGCUGCUGGAUUUAGGAUCCCCCUGCUCCUCUAACUCGUACAACGCAUCCCCCGAGUCCUCACCCUCGCGCCACAGAUUCCUCUCAUUUUUCAGUCCUCCUCCUUCUCGUCAGCCUGGCUCGCUCUCCCGUCGGGGCAGCGCCGACAGCAGCGACAAUUUAUUGGGAGCGCACCUUGAGAGUGCUACUCCCGUUUAGUUAGCUCCUUAUAAGGGCAUCAUGUGGUGUUUAGUUAGCUCGGUCUAGACAUUAUAGGUUUUAUUAUUUUCACUCAAGCUUUUUAGGAUUUAAGAUGAUUUUUUUGCAAUUUUGAGUUUAGAACAUCCAGCAGCGAUUUUAUGCUUUUUGCUGUUUUUGUGUUUGUUUGAGCAGGAACGUUUUUAGUGUGAUUUUAGUCACAUACAGUGAUUAUCACCGGGCAACAUGCUACGAUUUUUUAAACUACGCGAUUCGAUUUCAAACCGGAUUUCAAAUUGGUGUGAAAAGCUGAACGCCAUUGUUCACGGAACUAGAUUGGAAUUCCCUUAAAAUUGGGUUAUCUCAGGCAGCUAUUGUAACUACCACCCUGUAAAUUGAGUUAUCCGACACUGUUUGUAUUUCAGAUGAAGUUUCCCUGCAAUUUUAACAGAUUUUAUGGCUAUGCUAUGCCAAUUUAUUUAGUUCCGUGCGUUUUUCUGAGGUCAUAUAUGAACGCCGUGUUGUGGUUGUUGCACAAAAUAGAAUUGAUUUCAUUUUGUGAGUAAAAUAAUGAUAUUUUAUUUAACUUCAUACCCUAUUCGACUUUUCACCGCGGAUUUACCAACGUACUGCACAGAAAAGAGAAACCAAAUGGCAUAAAUUUCAAUGAUUAAAACAAUUUAAAGUUCCCAUUUUCAUUCAGAAUGUAACACUUCGGUCGCAUGUUAAUUUUUCAGCGAAGCUAAAUAAUCAUCACAUUUACAAUUCUUCAUUGUUAUAAUAUUCUUCGCUGAGUUUUUGUUUGGUGCAGGU